GAUGUGAUAGCUGUCCAACAACAUCAUGGAUCCGGUGGUGUACAUUUCAGCAGCUGUUCUGGUUGUUUUCCUUCUCGGUGUCAUUUCAUUUAUAGCUAAAACAAGAAACAAUGGAAGAAUAGGUGAAGGUGUGAACGCUGGAAAUGAAGCUCCUGUGGCUCGUGCCCCACCUCUACGUAAUGUGGCUGACCUACCAGCAGCGGCCCGGAGGAGAGGUGGGCGGAGGCGAAUGAGAGUCCAGAGAGACGACAGUGAUGAGGAAGUGUAUGAUGAAGAAGAAAUGUUUAAUGACAUCGCUGAACCAGAGGGAAAAGUUGGCGCAAAGAAGCUGAGAAAACUUCAGGAGAAGGCCGAGAAGAAGGCAAUGAGAGAGCAACAAGAGCAGGAAAGAGAAGAACAGAAGAGAAGACAGGCUCAGCUAGAAGAGUUAAGGAAAAAGGAAGAUGCCAAAAGAGCAGCUGAAGAAGCCAUUGAGGCUGAAGAGGAAAGAAAACGCAAAGAGGAGGAAGAAAAGAGAGAACAUGAGGAGUACCUAAGACUAAAACAAGCUUUUACAGUGGAGGAGGAGGGGGAAGAGGAUGCUGCUCCAGAUCUUAAUUCAGAGUCAUUAUUACAAGAAUUUAUUUCCUAUGUCAAGGAGAUGAAAGUGGUGAUGCUAGAAGAUUUAGCUGCACAUUUCAAACUCAGAACACAGGAUGCCAUAGACCGUGUUCAGGAGUUGCAGUCUGAAGGUGCUCUCACAGGUGUGAUAGAUGACCGGGGAAAGUUUAUAUACAUUACCAUGGAAGAACUUGAGUCAGUGGCCAAGUUUAUACGUCAGCAUGGCCGAGUAUCCAUCACAGAGUUGGCUGAAUCCAGUAACAGACUGAUUAACCUCACACCAGACAAUGCCGAAACAACCAAGAAACUUCUAGGAGAAGUAUCAGCAUAAUAUUGCGCUUAGUUUUAUGUUGUUUUUCAUGGAAUUUUUUUCAUUCUGUGAAUCAAGAAAUAUCUGAGAUCUUCCACAGCAAACAGCUGAUAGAUUUGAUGUGCAGCAUUUAGGGGAUUUGGGCUUAGAUGGUUCUUCAGAAACUCACUCCCAGAAGCAGAUUUAAGUGAAUACAUUGUUCAUUGUGUACAAUUCUGUCCUAUUUAUUUGUUAUAUAACAAAACAUUUAGAUAAUUUGAGAGGAUUCAGACAAACAAAUGAUCUGAAUUAGGACAUCAGAAUACAAUGGUAAUUUAUAAAAAAAAUAUACAAGGUUUUCUUCAAAAGACGUGGAAUUGUUAAGCUUGUUCACGUGGGAUAUAUAGUGUUCACAGCAUCACAAGGUGUGUUUCAUCAAAAAGGUCAAGUCCUGUUUUCAUUAGACAACAAUUUAAUAUCAGCAUGUAAAUAAAGUGAUCUGUUAUGUAUAUAAGGAUGAAAUAUCAAGAUUUCCAUCUUGAAUAAAAGUGAUAUUUUUAACAA